CGGUAGCUUCGUUUUCUUAGCUUGCCUUGUCCAUUCAUUGGCAUCUCAUGUCAUUGCUUCAUAUUCUUGCCUUCUCCAUCUUGCUCAUCAACUCCUAUUGGCUACAGUUCAUUUUCUGAUUAAAAUAAAUGAAUAAAUAAAACACCAUUUGGAAACACUAAUCAUCUUAUUCCUUAUCCUUCAUUCCCAAGCUCAGCCUAUAAGUAGUGUCUAUCUGAUACUGUCUAUUAUUGCACACAGCUACACUCACACAAACAUAACAUAACAUGGGUGGUUUAGGAACAAGUAGCCUAAGCUCCCUAUGGCUAUGGCUAUGGAUUCCAACUUUCAUCAUUUUGAGUGUAAGUGUAUCAGCCGAGCUCCAACGCUUUGACCACCCUGUCAACGCAGCAGAUGCCUCACUUACCUUCCUUGUCAUUGGAGACUGGGGAAGGAAAGGAACAUACAACCAAUCUCAAGUUGCUUUUCAGAUGGGAAGAGUUGCUGACAAGUUAAACAUUGACUUUGUGGUAUCUACUGGAGAUAAUUUUUAUGAUGAUGGAUUGACUGGUAUACACGAUCCUGCAUUUCAAUAUUCUUUUUCAAAUAUCUAUACCGCCAACAGCCUUCAAAACCAAUGGUAUAAUGUGUUGGGCAACCAUGACUACAGGGGAGAUGUUAAAGCUCAAUUAAAUCCAAUCCUUCAGAAUAUUGAUCAUAGAUGGUUUUGUCAAAGAUCAUUUAUUGUCGACGCCGAAAUUGCCGAGUUCUUCUUCGUGGAUACAACCCCUUUUGUGGACAAGUACUUUUUUAAGCCAAAGGAUCACAAAUAUGAUUGGAGAGGUGUUCUUCCAAGGGACAAAUAUUUAUCAAACCUCUUAAAGGAUCUCGAAACAGCAUUGAAGGAUUCUACUGCCAAGUGGAAGAUUGUUGUCGGACAUCAUCCGGUAAGAAGCAUAGGGCACCAUGGUGACACUAAAGAGCUCGUAACACACCUCCUGCCAAUCCUUGAGGUCACUCAUUAUCAAAUUGAGAAAAUACUGUCCUGGCCAACAAUGUUGAUAUGUACAUUAAUGGGCACGACCAUUGCUUGGAACACAUAAGUAGCACCAGCAGCCAAAUACAGUUCUUAACUAGUGGAGGAGGCUCAAAGGCAUGGAAAGGAGACAUUCAUAAUAAUGAGAGAGAUGGGGUCAAGUUUUACUACGAUGGACAAGGAUUUAUGUCUGUUGAGAUUCAGCAAAUGAAUGUCAAAGUUGCCUAUUACGAUAUUUUUGGCAAUGUUCUGCAUGUUCUCAAUCUGUCCAAGGGGUUACAAUCUGUAAUAUAGAUUAGCAUCUAUCUAAUUGAUUAUUAGAUUCAGAGGAGAGUGCUGUUCAAAAUAAGUUGGGAGAAUUUCUAAAAUCAGGGCACUGUAACAUAGUUUUAAGAAUGAUAUUAAACAAGCCUAAUCAUAUAUAUCCUUUUAUUCGUGUUUGAAUUACUAUGAGUAAUCAAGUGAUUAGGUUUUGUGAAUUAUGUAUGUAUGUAUGUAUACUACUAUUAUUCAAAGAAGCAAUAGCAGAGGCAGAGCUAGGCAUUGAAAA